AUGGAAGCCGCUGGCGGCUUCGUUGACGAGCUUCUCGCUGGUCUGCCCCCCUUUCGGAGACUAUUCUCGCACGUGCUCGGGUCUUCGCACCCAAGCGCCGAAUCUCUCGUCCCACGCUUACUCUCCCUGACCCUUGCCAUCGCUGGCGCUGCCCUCCGUUGCCCGUCGGUUCACGUCGCUGCGCUCGCCUCGUCCUCGCUGUUUCCGCCGACUGAUGCUUUGCGGUGUCGUCAACGUGGACAUCGACGCUUGUUGGAGGCGCCCUUGUCGAGUAGUUCAUCACCCUCGCUGCCGCUCCCCGUCGGUGGAUGGCGCUCAUCGAAGCUUCUGCCCGCUUCGUCGACGAGCUUCUCGCUGCCAAUGGUUUGGAGUCUCUUCCCGAGUGCUGGUCAAAGGUCUUGGAAUGCUGUCGUCGACGUCGAGUCGUGGACCUUGGAGCCAUGUUUCGCCGACGCUUCCCGUGUUUCCACCCAACGUGCUGGCCAAAGGCCUUCGAGUGCUGUCGUCAACGUCGAUCCUGUAAUGCGUCGUAGACGACCUUCUCGCCGUUUCCGCCCAAAGUCCUGGCGAAAGAGUGCCAUUGUCGCCGGCGUUGACGCUAUCAGCGAAGCCCGCUUCUCUCCCCGUUGCUUGCAUGCCCCGUUUGCCGUUGCAUUCCCGCUCACGGUGGGCCCUCUUUGCCGUUUUCCGCCCUUGAAACUCGGCCACUGCGCAGACUUCUUUUGUGCCGGUGCUGCUGUGCUUGCCGGCGCGUUCUUACGGCUUGCUGUCCGGAUCCACGGCAGCCCCAAGCGCGAGUUUGCCGUGAACGGCCUCGCAGGUACAGCCAUCAUCGGAGAUGUCACGGCCACUGACGGCCUUUGCGGCUGGACCUGCGCAGUGGGUGCGGGAGGCGGCUUAGGCGGCUUCGGGCCUCCUCGGGGUCUUCUCUUACCGGUGUACGCAGAGAGUGUUGAAUGCAAUCGUGGUUCUGGGGCUCGUCGCGCGGCGCCUGCAUCGUCUCGGGUCCUUCGCAUCCUCUCGACGCCGCGCUUCCCGCCGGAGCUGGAGCAACAGAUCUUCGAAGCUGUCGCCUUGUUGUACCCGGAGAACAUUCGUCGCGUCGGUGCCAACGAUGCGCGCACGAUUGCACACUCAGUCAUCAGCUUCCUGCUCUCGUUCUCCCUCAGUCUCCCUCCCGCUGCUGAACCGCCGCUCGACCUCUCCUCGGCGAUUCAGGCGGUCAACAUCCACAUCCUCGCGGGUACUCCGCCGAAUCCGCUCAACGGGAACUUCGACGACGAGAAAUGCUCCCCUGCGCAGGUGACGGCUAUCCGCAAUGGCAUCGUCGACGCGCGCAACAUGGCGACUGGUGCGAUAGCGCUGCUGAAGCCGAAGGACAUGAACAAGAGUAACGGGUUCUUCUGGAUCUUCGGCGGCUCCACGGUCGACCCCGCAAUCAUCACCAAGCACUUCUCCUUCGUGCUCAGGCUCGGCACGGCGGACGAAAUCACGUCGACAAAGAAAUAUGAAAACAGCAAGACGGAUCUUAUCUUCACGUGCAUUCCACCGACGGCCCCGAAGGCAACCUCUGCAUAUGCGAACACCCAGAACAUCGGCCGGCAGAAGUCAGUUCUCAACCUCAUCCGGCUGUCGCCGACAGGGCUUGCGAACACGGAAUCGUACACAGUCGCUGCCGCGCGCGUGAAGGCGUCUGGCCAGAUCCAAGACGGCUUCCCCGUGAAGCAAGUCGGCACGCUGUCGGUCCCCGCGCCGCCACUCGCUUUCACGAUCGUUCAUGAGGUGCAACACGCUGAUCCGCUGAUGGACAACCCUGCAACAGACCACCUUGUCGAUGAGAAGGGCGGCACCGGCGCGCGCGCGUACGGCUUCCAGCAAAUUAUGCACGAGUUGUCCAAGGACCAGAAGGCGCGCAAUCCGCAGAACUAUGCGUUCUUUGGCUUACUGGCCGCGUCUAACCCGGAGUUGUUCGUGCCCAACUGCUACAUCGGCGACGCGCCCCUCAGCCUCGCGCCACUCUUAAUCGCCGGUCGUCUCCGGAUGCAGACGCCGCUCGGGCCGGACACAUGCCACACCACGGUCCCCGGGGCGUGCGCCGCCUGCAAGAAAAUUAUCAAGGGCAUUCCCGGUGAUGUCAAGCUGCCCAACUUCGACCCCGAUUCCACGUAG